GUCGUCACCGUGGCCACUGGAACACGUUUACGUUCAGGCAUUUUCGGCUCGUUAUUAACUCAGUCCAAAAACGUCUUUGUCAGUGGAAGCACGUCUGUUGCUCCAAGUUGAUGCUUCGUAUCGAACUAAUUUCGCGUGUUGUAUAAAUGUUUGCUGAUGGUUUUUAAAUGUUAGAUUUAUGUCGAAAGAAAAAGCGUGAAAUUUAAAAGUGAUCAAGGAGUGUAUAACAAAUGAUUGAUUUUAAAAUGUUUUAAAUAUGUGUAGUGAAUAUCAAAGUUGAUUUUAAUAUUUUAGUUGACGGAAUUACAAAAAAUAUUAAGAAAUUACGAGCAAUUAGAUUUUAUACCAUUUAUAUUUAACUUCACUUAUUGAAAACUCAUUACUACGUUUUAAAAAUGAAUUAUUUGAAAUGGUAGUGUAAUGGAUGGGCCAUAGAAUGAGCGUCUUUCAGGCGCUAAUAUAUUUUAUAUUAGUUUUGUCGUCUAACUACGCUUUCAUAAUCGGAAUUGAUGGACCAUUAUUACACCAAGAAGCUUUAGAAGAUGACAACAUAACUCUGUACUGUGAUACUUCUGGUAUAAGUGAUGACGAACUUUCCUUACUUGUGUGGUACAAAGGAGAUGAAUCUAUUUACAGCUACGACGCUCGAAGUAACAUUGAAUGGUCCAGUCAAACAUUUAAUACUAGCGGUAGAUUAAGUACAGAUUUAAGUAAACGUCCUACUCCACUGUACAUUAGAUCUCUGAGAGCAGAUGAUGAGGCUUUGUACCACUGCAGGGUUGAAUUUCUACUCACCCCUACUAGAUAUACUGGUAUCAACCUCACUAUUAUUGUGCUUCCCAGUAAGCCAUUUUUCCUGGACGAGAUAGGAAAUAAAAUAGAAAAUAAAAUUGGACCAUACUUCGAAGGAGAUACUUUGAUGAUCAACUGCCUUGUAAUUGGAGGGAGACCUUCACCGCAUAUAAAUUGGUACAAUGGCAAGGUUCUUGUAGACGCUUCUGGCAGUGACAGCGACAUACCGAAUGUGAGACAGAAUGAAUUGUAUCUUACACUAACGAGAGACACAAAAAGAAUAACCUGUGAAGCUACGAACACUAUACUAUCUGCCCCUAUAUCGUCGUAUGUAGAUGUAGAAUUAUACCUGUCUGCCAGUAACGUUUCGAUACACUGGCUUCAAGAAAUUAAAGGAAAUACCCUUCAAGCGGGUAACACUUACGCUGUAAAAUGUAAAGCAUAUGAAGUACACCCGUCACCUGAUAUAGCCUGGUGGUUGAAUGACAAUCACCUCACACAGUACAGUAAUCAGACUUGGAAUAAUCUGACAAAGACAGCGGAAUCAUACCUUCAAUUAACACCAACAAUGAAAGACGAUUGGGCAACAUUGGCGUGUGUUACCACCAACCCUGCCAUACCUCCGGGAAAGAAUUCAAAAGCCGAUGUUAUCACGUUGAAUGUUACAUAUGUUCCAAUAGUGGAAGUGUUAACAGUAGGAACCGGUAAAUUAAACGGUGUCAUCGAGAAUGAUACAUUUCGAUUAAUUUGUGAAGUCAAAGCGAAUCCGCGCGUUGAUAGAUUUAUUUGGUAUUUUAAUAAUACAAAUAUCAAUGAAAACAAAGAUUGGCACGAUUAUGUAUUCGGAAAUACGUUGAUAUUUAAAAAAGCUAUGAGAAGGCAUACUGGACCAUAUUCUUGUUCUGCCAAAAGCAGUAUGGGCGAAGGAAAAGCAGAAGAUGUGGAAAUUACUGUAUUUUAUUCACCAGAGUGUACUAAAGGAGUAUCACUAAGGGAUGAAAUAAUUAACUGUCAUGUACAAUCUGAACCUAAUCCUAAUUUAUUUAAAUGGCACAUACGUACAGAUUCAGAGUUCCAAAACAUAACUACACCAUCUCCUUCCAUGCCACUUAGUAUGGUUACGAUCUCAUUAGCAAAAACAGCUAACGUUACGUGCGAAGCGAAGAAUGGGAUUUUAAAGCAACGUAACCCGUGUACUAAGAUAAUUAGUUUCAAACAUCUAAGACCGCAGGCACCACGACAAUGUGAUUUAUCUUACGAAAGUAAUCAGUUCCUAAUACACUGUAUUCCAGUUGAAAAUGCAACACAUUACGAAAUCACCGUGUGGCGGAUGUCAAAGAGUAACGCAUCUUUGAUACUGAAUAGUAAAAGUGCGUUGGGAUUUGGUGCACAGACUCUUAUCCGAAAUGCUGAUGAAGGAUGGCGUAUUGGAGGUCUAUUAGGGACUCUUAGUGAUGGAGACGAGGCGGGCACAGCUGCGUGUAAUCGAUAUGGCAGUUCGGAAAUAUUACUCUUGAGACCUACUGAGAAACUAUUAAAUGACGCGAAACUUCCUUGGUGGUACUCUUUCUUUGAUAAAGACGUGGGUAUUAUAAUUGGCGGUGUUCUACUAAUUGUAGUAUUUAUUAUAUCAACUGCUAUAGCAGUUUGUGCAGCGAGGAGGUCCCGCAUCAAGCAACCAGUGCCUGUCAUACAAGUUGUUGGUAUGGACGAUAUAACGCGAGAGUUUCUGAGCAGUACGAGGGAUUUGAAGGCGCGUUCGUCUUGCAGCCUGCGCUCCCGUAGUAGCGACUACUUGGAAACAGAAGAAGUAGGCUUGACGCAGUGGCGCCACCUGCCAGUCAUACAUGACCCGCCACCUGACGUCACCCUCACCAUGCACAGAGAAAGCGCUGUUUAGUAAACAUCUUUACAUAGAAUGAAGUAUUAUUAAUUUAAAAUAAAUGCUUUUAUUUAU